AUGGCGGUUUCAGAGGAUGCCUUAAUCGCCACUCUCUGCAACUCCGUCCAAGCCCUGGGCCGCGGCUUUGACGUCACCUCUGACAUCAGGCUGCUGUACUGUAAGGGCGCCCCAGGGUUCCGUUUGGUGCGUGUCGACGAAGAGCGGACGAGGAAUCUUGAAAUUGCCGAAUCUUGUUCGAUCCCAAAUGUGCCCGUUGACAUUGGGUGCUCUAAGGGGCAGAGUUUUAGUGAGACGACCCCUGUUUGGAGUUUUCAUGAGAUGGCAAAAUACUUCAACGAGAAGUCGAAUUUACCUGGCCAAAUACCACUCGGGAGCUUUAAUGCUAUGUUUAAUUUCAGUGGCUGUUGGCAAAUCGAUGCCGCCUCUACAAAAUCACUUGCGAUGGUGGGAUAUGUAAUCCCAUUGUUUACCGUUAAGCUUCUUAAUUCAAAUUUAAUCUUGCGUGAUGAAAUCAAACGUGCAGUUCCUUACUCUUGGGAUCCUUCAUCUCUAGCAAGCUUUAUCGAAAACUAUGGGACCCACAUUGUUACCUCGGCAACUAUAGGUGGUAGGGACGUUGUCUAUGUUAGACAGCACCAAUCUUCGCCUUUAUCAGCUUCAGAUAUCGAAAACUAUGUAAAAGACAUUGGAGAUCAGAGGUUUUCCGAAUCUAAGGUCAACACAAGUGCAGGCGCUUUAAAGUAUAAGGAUAAGGAUGUUACUGUGAUUUUCAGAAGGAGAGGAGGAGAUGAUCUCGAGCAGAGCUAUGUAAAGUGGGCCCCGAGUGUAGAAAAAGCACCCGAUUUGAUCGACAUGACGUUUACGCCUAUUGUAUCUUUGCUUGAAGGAGUGGCCGGAAUAAAGCAUUUGGCCCGUGCUAUUGACUUAUAUUUGGAGUACAAGCCUCCUAUCGAGGAUCUGCAGUACUUUUUGGAUUUCCAAAUUUCUCGCGUUUGGGCCCCGGAACACAACUUGCAAAGGAAAGAGCCUGUUUGCCAGUCUCUUCAGUUCAGCUUAAUGGGCCCUAAGCUUUAUAUAAGCCCAGAUCAGGUGACAGUCGGGCGUAAGCCAGUGACUGGACUCAAGCUCAGCCUAGAAGGCCCGAAACAGAAUCGACUGGCCAUCAACCUGCAGCACCUGAUCUCUCUCCCCAAGAACCUCGGGCCCCACUGGGAGGCCCACGUGGCGAUAGGCCCCCCAAGGUGGCAAGGGCCUGAAGAGCAAGACAGUCGUUGGUUCGAGCCCAUAAAGUGGAAGAACUUCUCCCAUGUGAGCACGGCCCCGAUCGAGUUCACCGAAACCCACAUUGGCGACCUGUCGGGGGCCCACAUUGUCACGGGGGCCCAACUCGGGGUAUGGGACUUUGGGGCCCGAAGUGUUUUGCACCUCAAGCUUUUAUUCUCUAAGGUGCCCGGGUGCACCAUAAGGCGGUCUGUAUGGGAUCACAGCCCGUCAGCGUCAGCCGGGGCCUCGUCGUCAGGCGAGGGGUCGGGGGGGCAGAUUGGGAAAUUGGCGAAAAUUGUGGACGUGUCGGAAAUCAAGCAAAAGGGUUCCUUGGAUAGUUUUCACCGGCCCCAAAUGGAAGGCGUGGCGGCCGCGAAGCCCACUUUGUGGCGGCAGUCUUCGAAGGCGCCGGAGAGGGACCUUCAUAAGGUCAUCGACGACUUUGACAGAGAUAACGAGGAUAACGAUGCAAACGACAUGGACCCAGGGUUUAAGCUGAUGUGUAUGGCUAAUGAGGGUGAUGUAGAAGGUAUCCAGGAGCUUCUAGAAUCGGGUGCCGAUGUUAAUUCCCGGGACGUGGAUUUCCGGACGGCACUUCAUGUUGCCGCUUGUCAGGGGCACGGUGGUGUGGCCGAGCUUUUGCUUGUGAACGGAGCUGACGUCGACCCCAAGGAUCGGUGGGGGAGCACGCCUCUUGCAGAUGCCAUACAUUACAAAAAUCAUGCCGUGAUUAAGCUAUUGGAGAAUCAUGGUGCAAAACGACUAAUUGCUCCCAUGCGUGUACAAAAUGCCCGUGAGGUGCCGGAAUAUGAGAUUGAUCCGAAAGAGCUUGAUUUCACUAACAGCAUUUCAAUAACAAAGGGAACCUACAGAAUAGCUUCUUGGGGUGGGACCCAAGUUGCUGUAAAAAUAUUUUGGGAGGGGACUGCCGAUGAGUGUAAAGUGAGGGCAUUUAGAGAUGAGCUUUCGUUGCUUCAAAAAAUAAGACAUCCAAACGUCGUUCAGUUUCUUGGUGCCGUAACACAGAGUAGUCCUAUGAUGAUUGUAACAGAAUAUUUACCAAAGGGUGACCUUCACGAAUAUUUGAAAAGAAAAGGAGCUCUUAAGCCUGCAAAAGCCCUCAGUUUUGCUAUGGAUAUUGCAAGGGGAAUGAAUUAUCUACAUGAACACAAACCAGAAGCUAUCAUUCACCGUGAUCUUGAACCUUCAAAUAUCUUGCGGGAUGUUUCGGGACACUUGAAAGUUGCAGAUUUUGGAGUUAGCAAGCUGCUCGAAGUUGCUAACAGAAUCAAAGAAGACAGGCCUUUAACUAGUCAAGAUACUGCUUGUCGUUAUGUAGCCCCAGAAGUCUUCAGAAAUGAAGAGUACGAUACGAAAGUGGAUGUUUUCUCAUUUGCAUUAAUUCUGCAGGAGUUUAUUGAAGGGUGCCCUCCUUUUUGUUCGAAGCUCGACUCUGAAGUCCCCAAAUCGUAUAUUGCUAAACAGCGCCCCCCUUUUAGGGCCCCGGCUAAGUUUUAUGCCCACGGACUAAAAGAGUUGAUCGAAGGUUGUUGGAGUUCGAAUCCAUCUGAUAGACCGACAUUUAAACAAAUUAUUCCUCAGCUAGAGGCCAUUUACAAUCGUGUUGCCCGUAAAAAUAGUUGGAAGAUUUUACGAUUGAGAUGCUUUCAGAGUACGGAUCGGAGGAAAGACGGCUCCACGGUUGAUAGUUCAUCGAGAACAGCUGGAAGCAUGUAG